GUUUGGACCAAGCUGACACUGGAGGUUUCAAGUUGCUGCUCCUCCUCUAUGCCUGUUCAGCUUCGUCUCCGGGCCUCCACCGGCCUCGUCAGUUCACACUAUGGCGUUUCGCGAGGGAAUCUUGGCGAACUAGCGACCAUGGCUUCUCUUGGAUUAUAAAUACACAUGUAUCGAAGAAUGUUAAUCCCCGAGGCAAGGAGUUAGAACCUUCCACUGGAGAGAGAAACUGUCAACGUCAUACAAGGCUGUGAUUGGACCCACAACCCCCUGUGACGGGUUGAAGGGCCCUGUCAGCCUUGUGUGAGUCUGGACCAUGGGGGAUGGAGGUGUCAGUGCAACUGGAGCAGAAGGGGUCAACAAGUCCCAUAUCCUGUUUGACAAAUUUGUCCAGGCAACCACAUGCAAGGGCACACUCAAGGCCUUCCAGGAGCUGUGUGAUCAUCUGGAAGUCAAGCCCAGAGAGUACAGGGUGUUUUACCACAGGCUCAAAUCCAAACUCAACUACUGGAAGGCUAAAGCACUUUGGGCCAAGUUAGACAAGAGGGCCAGCCAAAAGGAGUAUAAGAAAGGCCGUGCCUGUACCAACUCAAAGUGUCUGAUCAUUGGAGCCGGACCAUGUGGCUUACGAACUGCCAUCGAGCUUGCCUUUCUGGGCGCCAAAGUAGUGCUGUUGGAGAAGAGGGAUGCCUUCUCCAGGAACAAUGUGCUGCACCUCUGGCCCUUCACCAUUCAGGACCUCAGGGGGCUUGGGGCUAAGAAGUUCUAUGGAAAGUUCUGCGCCGGUGCCAUUGAUCAUAUUAGUAUUCGUCAACUUCAGCUCAUGCUGCUCAAAGUGGCUCUUCUCCUGGGCAUUGAAAUCCAUGUCAACGUAGAGUUCAAAGGGCUUAUUGAACCUCCUGAGGACCAGGAGAGUGAAAGAAUAGGCUGGAGGGCUGAGGUCCAUCCCAGGACACAUCCUAUCAAUGAGUUAGAGUUUGAUGUAAUCAUUGGAGCUGAUGGAAGGAGAAACACACUGCCAGGGUUUCGGCGUAAGGAGUUUCGUGGCAAGCUUGCAAUUGCUAUCACGGCAAACUUCAUCAACAGGAACACGACGGCGGAGGCUAAGGUUGAAGAAAUCAGUGGAGUUGCCUUUAUCUUCAAUCAGAAGUUCUUUCAAGACCUCAGAGAAGCGACAGGUAUUGACCUGGAAAACAUUGUUUACUACAAGGAUGACACGCACUACUUUGUGAUGACUGCCAAAAAACAAAGCCUGCUGGAGAAAGGAGUCAUUUUGCAUGACUACGCAGACACAGAGUUGCUGCUUUCCAGAGCAAAUGUGGAUCAGGUUGCCCUCUUGUCUUAUGCCCGUGAGGCGGCAGAUUUCUCAACCAACCACCAGCUGCCCACACUAGAUUUUGCCAUCAACCACUACGGCCAGCCGGAUGUCGCCAUGUUUGACUUCACCUGCAUGUACGCAUCAGAGAGCGCCGCCAUGGUGCGCCAGCGCUAUGGCCACAAACUGCUUGUGGCGUUGGUGGGAGACAGCUUGUUGGAGCCCUUUUGGCCCAUGGGUACUGGCAUUGCCAGAGGUUUCUUGGCAGCUAUGGACUCAGGUUGGAUGGUGAAGAGCUGGGCUCAAGGAAAACAGCCGUUAGAAGUUCUGUCCGAGAGGGAAAGUAUUUAUCGUCUACUGCCUCAGACCACGCCAGAAAAUGUCAGCAAGAACUUCAGUCACUACAGCCUGGAUCCCACAACACGUUACCCCAAUAUUAGCCUUAACUUCCUUAAGCCCAGCCAGGUACGGCACCUCAUAGAUACAGGAGCGUCGACAGAGAUGCACAUUCAAAUGGAGAAUGUAAUCAACUCAUCAACACCGAAGUUGACCAGGAAUGAAUCCAUAGCUCGAUCCAGUAAACUUCUCAACUGGUGCCAGAGACAAACAGACGGAUAUCGAAAUGUGUGUGUCAAAGACCUCACAAUGUCUUGGAAGAGCGGUUUGGCCCUGUGUGCGCUUAUCCACCGAUACAGGCCAGAUCUCAUUGACUAUGGCUGUCUUGAUGAACGAGACCACGAAAAGAACAACCAGUUGGCUUUUGACGUGGCAGAGCGGGAAUUUGGCAUCUCACCCUGCAUGACUGGAAAAGAGAUGUCUUCUGUGGUAGAGCCUGACAAACUUUCAAUGGUCAUGUACCUCAGCCAGUUCUAUGAGAUGUUUAAGGACACAGUGCCACCUGGAGAAAAUCAAAAUUUGAGUCCAGAGGAGAAGGUUGCUCUUAUGGCAAGCACCAUAUCUCCAAUCUCCUUCCUGAGUAAGCUUGGUCAGAGCAUAGCAAUCUCAAGGAAACGUAACCCCAAGGACAAAAAAGAGAAGGAUGUUGACAGUUUGGGGAAGAGGAGAAAGACCAGCCAGUCUGAAGAUGAGGAAGCAUCCAAGGCUGGUCGUGAGGACAGACAGGCCACCAUUCCUGCUCUCUUGUCAGAGAAGAAGAUGGACUCUGCUUCUGUGGGGAACAACAAUAAAGUCAAGGUUAUGGCUACUCAGCUGCUUGCCAAGUUUGAGGAAAACGCUCCCGCCCAGGGUUCAGGAUUAAAAAGACAGGGGGACUCACUGCCCAAUCUGGACAGUAUUUUGCACCCACAUCUGCCCAAACCCCUUGACCCAGUGCACAUGGCACCUGUACCAGCAUGGAGAAAGGGCUCCCUCAGAAAAGAAUUCCCCGUCAAUAUUGGAGGCAGCGAUGUUUGUUUUUUCUGUCGCAAGAGAGUGUACGUGAUGGAGAGACUGAGCGCAGAAGGAAAAUUCUUCCAUCGUAGCUGCUUCAAGUGCGAAUAUUGCAGCACAACACUUCGACUGUCUUCCUAUGCCUUCGACGUGGAGGACGGUAAAUUUUAUUGCAAGCCACACUAUUGUUACCGUCUGUCUGGCUAUGCUCAAAGAAAGAGACCCGCGCCUUCUCCUUCCUCAGCUCCAACCACAUCUAAGGAGAACCGGGAACCUCCAACUCCUGUGGCGAUGGUAGAUUCCCCCGGAAGGGCGAUGGUAGCGGCAGGCCCCUCAGCUGAAAUCCGGCACUCAGUAUCGGAAGUCAAUGGCCUACAGGAGCCAAGCCUAGCUAAGCGCCUUCGUGGAACACCCGAGCGAAUUGAGCUGGAGAACUACCGACUGUCCCUGCAGAAGGAGGAGGAGCUGGAGGAGGUGCCAGAAGAGACUCUGGCAGAGCAUAAUCUCAGCAGUGUGUUGGAUAAAGCUACAGAUAUUGACCUGGGCUCCAGUAGCUCAGACUCAGACCUAGAAGAGGAAGAGGACGAACUGGAUGACCAGGAAGAGGUGGAAGCUGAGUUGGAGGAGAAGCAGCAACUUCGCAGUCCUUCAGACCUUGGAGGUGUUCCGUGGAAGGAGGCACUACUGCUACACGCCCAACUUAGAGGUGACCACUGUGACUUAGAGGAUGAGGCGCUUGGUGAGCUAGACGAGGCAGACAAUGAAGAUGAUGACGAUGAGUCAAGUGAAGCCCCUGCCCACACAUCUGCCCGGCAUGAAGCAGUGCAAGUCUGGUUGGAGUCAAUGUUUGAAGAACCUUGUGAGGAUGACGAUCUGGAAGCAGAAGCAGAUAGUCCAAAUAUGGAACCUGGUACAGAAAUGGACCAAGAUGACAUCCCCUCUGAUGCUGAAGCUGAGGCCCGUUUGCGCCCAUCCACGCACAAUGGCGCUAUUCCACAGGAAGAGAAAACAUCUGAAAAAAUGGGAUUGUCUUUAAAUAUUGGACUAUCCAGUACUGAACUCUUAGAGAACGAUGAUGAUGCAGUCCUGUUGCCAGCAUUACCUGCAAUAGAACCUGAGAGACAGUUAACUGAGACAUUUUUUGACCAUGUGGUGAAGUCUUCAGAUACCCACUCUUUCAAAGAACCAGCGGUUUCUGAGGAACCAAAAGUUGAUCGGACAACACCACCACCAACUUCCAAGAGCCCUUCGCCUGUCUUCAACCCUUCCCCUGUUGCUUCUCCAUCUGCUGCCUAUGUGAAGGCUUCUUUCUCCCCUCUCAACAAGUCGCCUUCCAAUUCAAAUGCCAGCUCUCCGUUAAAUCCAGCUGUCGAUACCCCUUUAAAGUCCCAGGAUCUCUCACCUAUCUGUUCCCAGCCUACGCCACUUCCAGAGACAUGUCCACCUAAGUCACCAGUCUUCCCUCACCAAUCAAUUUGCCCUCUCACAGGCAACCCACUUUCCCCAAUAUGUGCACAGCCUUUACCCUGCCAUGAACCUUCCUCACCUGUAGCCUCUGAAUCUCCUGUCAGAACUCAGCCUAUCCCAAAUGUCACAUCAACACCCUUGGCAAGAACUGGCAGAGCCACAACGGAUUAUGAGGAUUCCUCAACUGAUGAAUCGCCGUCCAAAAAGACAGAUAUUAUCGAGGAAUUUUGGUUAAAGAGUGCUGAGAUACGAAAGAGUCUUGGUCUUUCCCCUUUAGACCGUAGCAGUAAAAUCAUAGAGAGGAGUGUUGUUAAGACCCCAACACAAGACUCCACCACUGCCAAGACACCGACUCCAAAUGUGUCAGAGGACCAGAAGCCUCUUUUAACUGGACGCACCGUGAUUCGUAGACUCAAUAUCACUCUUGAAGGUCAAGUCAUUACCCCCAUUGUUCCUGUCGAGGGUAAAAGUGAUGACCCUGACACGAAAGAAUUCAGUAGCAGUUCUGGUGUGGGGCUUAACGAUACUAUGGCAACAAGCCAAACUGCAAAAAGUGCCAGUGAUACCACCUCUGACUCCAUCAUGCUCACCCCACCUUCUAGUCCACCACCACCUGUGCCUAUUAAUCAGUCCCCUGCGGUACUCAGGCAGCAAAAACACCUCAUUUCUUGGAGCAAUGGAACAGAAAAACCUCCAUGCGAGCGGGCCAAAGAACUACCAAAAAUAAACUCUCCAGUUCCUACACAGAAAACCCGACUUAGUCUUGUAUCUGCACCCAAACCUGCACCCAGGAAGGUGUCACCAUCAACAGAAAAAUCUGUAGUUAUCAUGAGGGAGAAGAAGCAGCCUCGGUCAGAUGAGCUGAGAAAGUCAUUCGUAGAGACGGUAGAAGAGAUUCCAUUUGCAGAUGAUGUGGAGGAAAACCUUGAUGAGCGCACGUGUGACACCACCCUGAAUAAGUUUAACACUCCACCUACCAGCAACACUAGAGUGGAGAGACCUCCUUUUCACUUGGCCUUAGCGAUGGAAAACGGCAAACCAAUUAUACCUGUGAAUCCAGCCUCCAAGAUUCAGAAGGCCACUCAGUUUUCUCCAGAGGCCAAAGAGAUAGCUGAGGAGAGGAUAAGGGCAAGAGAAAAGUCCAUUAAGAGCCAGGCUCUCAAAGAAGCAAUGGCCAAACAUCUAGACAAAAUGAAAGCUUCCAAUAUAGAAGAGGGUCCUCCACCUAAAGUGGCCUUGAGUGUCACCCCAGAGGUCGCUGGGAAAAGUAAAAAUUCUGCAGUAUCUCCAAAGACAUCAGCUGUAAAAGCUCUGGAAUCAAAAAAAGCAGAGACUUUACCUGAGCGUCUCUUCAGUAGCAACAGGAGUCUGGACAGCUCCGUGGCAUCUUCUGACAGCUCAUCCACAAGUAAGAGCAAGAAACGAAGUUCACUCUUCUCACCUCGCAAAAACAAAAAAGAGAAAAAGGCAAAGAAUGAUACUACCCAGCUAUCAGGCGCAGAAGAGGCGCCACCCAAACACAAGUCUUUGUGGAAGGCUGUCUUCUCAGGAUACAAAAAGGACAAAAAGAAGAAAGGUGACAAAUCAUGUCCCAGUACACCAUCAUCCAGCUCUACCACACAGGACUCUGGGAAGAAGAGAGCGUCCCCAGUUGGAAAGUCAGCUGGUGCUAAGUCACGCAGAAACUUGAGCUUUUCUGAGGAUUCAGACCUGUCAUGUGACGACAUUCUGGAGAGAUCAUCCCAGAAGUCAAAGGCAGAUUCUGUUUAUGUCCCUCAUGCACUGGCGUUCAAGAGAUCAUAUGCCGCAAAGAAAACAUACACCGAAGAGGAGCUCAAUGCCAAGCUCACAAGAAGAGUCCAGAAAGCUGCUCGACGACAAGCAAAGCAGGAAGAACUGAAGAGGUUACACCGAGCCCAGAUUAUUCAGAGGCAGCUGGAGCAGGUAGAGGAGAAACAAAGGCAGCUGGAGGAGAGAGGCGUGGCUGUGGAAAAAGCACUGCGAGGAGAAGCAGACUAUUGGGGAGAUUCUAAUUACAGUGAAAUCCUGGACUUACAUCUGGGCGGCAUGGGUAAGAAGGACGAUCCCAAACUAAUGCAAGAGUGGUUCAAGCUGGUGCAGGAGAAGAAUGCCCUUGUCCGCUAUGAAUCCGAGCUCAUGAUAUUUGCGAGAGAAUUGGAGCUAGAGGACCGUCAGAGCCGACUGCAGCAGGAACUGAGGGAGCGGAUGGCUGUGGAAGACCACCUGAAGAACGAGAAGGAGCUUGCACAGGAAAAGCAGAUCUUAAAUGAGAUGCUGGAUGUUGUGGAGCAACGUGAUGCCCUGGUGGCACUCCUGGAGGAGCAGAGGCUUCGCGAGAAGGAGGAAGACAAGGACCUGGAGGCAGUGAUGCUCUCCAAAGGCUUCAACCUUAAUUGGGUUUAACAAGAGUGAAAUAAUUGCUCCAACAGGUCCUAGGUUGAAAUGAGCUCAAGAGUCUCUGCCUGCUUUGAUCAGCAUAGAGUGGUGGACAUGGAAAAAGACAGUUCAUCUGAAUCUGUCACACCCUCAGCAGUGAAUGUGUAAACACACACAUACAACCUGGCUGCUGCUGCUGCUGAGAUAGGUUGAAGCAGUCUGCAGCGUUUACAUGCCCUCAGCCAAAGGGCAGACCUAUUUAAUCACUUACAGUUUGUGCUGUCACCAUGGGUAGAAAGACACUACAUUCACGUUUUAUCACAGCUUUGAAGUGCUGGCACCUUUGUUUAAAGACUUGUUUGAUCUGGUAUUAUCUAAAGGGAAUACUGCAGUCUGGUCCUGCUGAUUGUAAAGAAUUGAGUUUUGUAAAUAAUUUGUGUAGAUGCAGUAACAUCAGAUCAAGAGCCCCCUCCUGGGUUUGUUGAGAAAAAAAGGAAUGCUAUCAAGGCUUACUCUAGCUGCAGGAAGUCUAUGUUCUUAUGAAGCUCCUCUCUGACACUGACAAAUCAGAGAGACAACAUAAAUCAUUUGUUCCCUCUUAACAUUGUGCUUUGUGGAUCCACACUAAGAAUCCAUCAGAUCUGACCUUUAAUAUAUUUGUCAUAUUUUAUCAAGCAUUAUUUGCAUUCACACUCACACGAGUGCCCAGGAUAUUACAUUGCACAUCUGUAAUUACAAUGCAACUCUCCGCUUACGCGGUGUUUCUGGCCGCCAGGCAGCCCUGUUUCAUGCCACUCAGGAUAAAACGGGAUUGUUGUGAAACAACAGAAGGGGGUGGGGGGGUGUAAUGUCAAACGUAACAGGCCGUGAUAGCGGUGAUUGCCCAACCAGAUGUUUACAAUGUCAAAACGUUUGCCACGGUGCAGUUGAGAAACCUGGUUGGCAUCACUAAUAUGGGGCACACACAACUAAACAAUUGGGCGUAACACAAAUUAGAGACGAAUGCAUUCCCUCUCAUUCCGUAUAACUCUUCUAAAACUAAGCCAUGUAUUCAAUUUAGCUGAAAUGCCUGUUGUGGCAUAUCUGUUUUUAAUGCUAGAUGUGUGUGUGUGUGUGUGUGUGUGUGUGUGUGGUGUGUGUGUGUUAGGAGGUAAGAGAGCACUCUCCAUCUACGAGCCUGCACAUGACUACACUGUGCAGUCUGUAUGUAAAUUACGGGCUCUUUUGCAUGUUUUGGGAUGAGAUGCAUUAGUGAAUAGUUACUGAACGAAAACAUCAAAUAUGUAUGGCGGGGCCGUACAUGCUCACCCCUGUGCUGACAUCUGGUAGGAGAGCUCCAUUCCACUGCCAGGGCAACAAAAGUGCUCAAAGUCUGCUUGACGUUCAUCUUUCAGCAGUAGGAACCUUGACAGAAUAUGACAAAAAUGAACAACCCCGUCAGAAAGUGAUGAGCUGUGAGAGGAAAAUACUGGCAUCUAUGGUGAACUGCGGGCCUAAGCGUAGUGCACCUUUGAGCCUCCGGGAUUCAGCAACCACUCGUCUCCCACGGCCCAUCACGGAUACUGUCAUAAACACAGAACUUCGCAAGACUUAAUGGAAUACGGAGACAAAUAAUUGCCAACAUACCGUGCUUCAAAUGGGCCUGCAUAGACUGCUGGGAACAUAGUGUAAAAGUAACCUAACCACUGUGGACUGUUCUCAUAGCAAAUGUGUAUUUUAUUUUCUUUAUGUCCCAUCUUAAUAGGUGACAUUAGAAUACAGACAUAAGCCCAUUUGCCACUUUAUUAGGUACACAAUUGAAGAGUAUUAAUUCACCAUCCCUCAGUUGCACCUUUCCUUGUUUAUUGUCCCUGGAAAGCAAUGAAAAGGUACUUUUGUUAGUUGUACAAUGUAUUGUACAGUGAAAGUUGUUCUGUGCAUUCAACCUAUCCCUGAAGAAAUGGGCUGCGAGGUCUGGAGAAAACUCACACGGAAAUGGGGAGAACAUACACUCAGAAACCCCAGUCAGUUGUUAAGACUCAACAUAGACUUUGCCUGGUCCGUCACAUCUGUAGAUGGUUAUUGUAGUCUUAUUCUUAAGCUCAUUGGAGGAAUGAUCUGUCAAAGGUCAAAAGGAUGUUCAUUCACAGAUGGUCGAGCUCAAAGAUAAAGUCUGUAUGUUGCUCCUCAACACCCUGAUAACUAUAUUUUUCUGCUAGCUUUUAUUUUGGUGAUUGUGUAAUGAAAAAGACUCCACUGUUGCUGCAUACCAUGGGAUGUAAAUGUAACUAUAGGACAGGGUUACAAGAUUUCAAAAAAAUGUAGUUAUUUUGUUUUUACUUUUAUACAGAUUUCCUCAGUUUUUAACGACACUUAUGACUUUUUUCUUUUUUUUUUUUUUUUUUACAAACAUGAAUUUGUCUUCACAUGGUUUGGUCAGUUUUAGGCUCAGCGCUUUCCUCUUCACUUUCUGUCCAAGAGCCCGGUUUCCACCACAUCUCCAUCUUUGACCCACAGUGGCUGAAUUUCCACCGGCACACAGUAGGUUAACAGUGCUGUCGGCGGACGUUGUUAAUCUGUGUUAUCAUCGAUCCGGUACGGAUUUCUGUGGAACGCUCAUGUUUGUUUCUCAAGGUUUUAAACCAGAUGCCCUUCCUGAUGAAAGCCUCUACAUUUUAUUUGCGUUUGAGCUGCAGUUUACACUGGCUUGUGCCUCGUGUAUGCCUGCAUUAUACGUAUGUACAAAAAAAUGUAUACGUGAGUUAGUGUGGAUGUCUACACACAAGUUGAAGCUAGUCGUUUACAUGCACUGCAAAAACAGUUUUUUUGUUUUUUUUUCUUACUGUCUGUAGUCAAAUCUAAACCACCUAUUUCAGGUCCGUUAGGAUCACCAAAAUUAUUUGUUAAAUGCCACAGUAAUAAAUGAAUUAAUUUUAGAUUUUCUUCAAGAUCAAAAGUUUAAAUGCACAAAAACUGUCUUCAAAGAACAAAGACUCCCCAGAUGUUGAGGUCAUGGCUUUGAAAGUUAAUUGAUGGCACAUCUAGGAAUGUACCUCAAACCCACUGCUUCCUUGUUUGAAUUCAGGGGAAAACCAAAAGUAAUUGUACAGGAAAUCAGAGAAAGAAUCGCUAAGCUCCACAAGUCUGGCUCAUUCUUGGGUGCAAUUUCCAGAUGUUUGAAGGUGCCACGUUCAAUCCGCUCAAAGAAUAAUACUCAAGUAUAAACAUCAGCCGGCUAUAUGUCCCAGAUAUGAGCGUGUUUUGGUCUGACAUGAACGAACCAACCCCAGAACACAAGCUAAAGACCUUUUGAAUAUGCUGGAUGAAGCUAGUAAGAAAUUGUGAUUAUCUCCAGUGAAAUGAGGCCUGCCCCUACAUGGGCUUACUCUUUUCUUGUGUGGUCCAACCUGAAGAAAGUUGUUUUUAUGGGAGUAUGAAUAAAUGUGAUUGGAAAAAAAUGAUCAACCAGGGUUUCCAGUCAACUGGGAUUGGUGCCAGCCUCCUCCUGAGCUUGAAAAAACUGCAAAAUUGAUGAAAUAUUAUUUCAGGGAUGUUGUUUCACCUUUGCAUUUAAUUGUGUACCUAAUAAAAUGUCGAGGGAAACCACAAAAGCCUUUGUUUUCAACAGUGAAGGCCCCCUUCGUCCAUAUGAAAUUCAUCAAAUAUUUGUUUAUAAUCACCUGUCUUGUAUUUUGUUUCCCACAAUAGCAUAAAAUUGAGGAGAUUCACACACAUUUCACAAAGUGGCAGUGUUCAUACAUGCAGAUGCGCUUUUCAUUUUUACACUCCGUUCUUUUUGCCUUGGUUUAUGUCUCGGUGGACGUGCAGGUUUUUACUCUUCUCACAAAAUGUUUUAAGCUUCUCUAUAAAAUAAGUUUAAUUUUAGGUUCUGGCAAAUACAAAUUCUGUGAAUAUUGCGCAUCAAAUUGGAACGGGAGUGCCAGGACACGUAGCCUUCUAAAGGAAGGGGGAAAAAAAACUCAAGUGGCCACUCUUUUUCGAGCGCAUGUAUUACAGAUGUGCUGUGAGUUAAAACAAAAAUACACAAUUCUUGUUUGUAGCUUGUGAGUGUGAUAAGUGUGACAUGAUUAUAUUAAUAUUUAUUAAUGUGUGAAAACUGUAUUAUAUGUAAAGAAUAAGAGUCUUAAUUUUUCAACUGCUUUGUUGACACGUAUGUUUUGUGUAGCUAAAAAUGCUCAUGGGUCUUGGAUGUAUGCUGUAAACAGCAAUAAAACAAUGCAGUUGUUCUUUCUAA